UCUAACUCAAAGCACCUUCCCAACAACUCAGCCAGUCAAAACCAACGCACCCUCUAAUGUUCUCUAUACCCACAAAACACUCACUGUGACCGUCUCACCAAACAUUUCACUCUUUCUCUCUCUACUUUUUUUUUCCUUUGACCGAUUUUUAAUAAGAAGAUUCCAUUUUGUUUUGGGAAUUUUUCUUUUGGGGGUUAAUUAUCUUUAGUGAAGGAAUUAGAUCAUGUUUUUCUUCGAUUGGUUCUAUGGGAUCCUUGCUUCUCUUGGCUUAUGGCAAAAAGAGGCCAAGAUCUUGUUUUUAGGACUUGAUAAUGCCGGCAAAACGACGUUGCUUCACAUGCUCAAAGAUGAGAGAUUAGUUCAGCAUCAGCCAACACAGUAUCCCACAUCAGAGGAAUUGAGUAUUGGCAAAAUCAAGUUUAAGGCUUUUGAUUUGGGAGGCCAUCAGAUUGCUCGAAGAGUUUGGAAAGAUUACUACGCCAAGGUGGAUGCAGUUGUUUACCUGGUGGAUGCUUAUGACAAGGAAAGAUUUGCUGAGUCAAAAAAGGAGUUGGAUGCUCUCCUCUCUGAUGAAGCCUUGGCUAAUGUUCCAUUCCUCAUCUUGGGCAACAAGAUUGAUAUACCAUAUGCUGCGUCGGAAGAUGAGUUGCGUUAUCACCUUGGUCUGACCAAUUUCACCACAGGCAAGGGUAAGGUCAACUUGGGAGACUCAAAUGUUCGUCCCCUUGAGGUAUUCAUGUGUAGCAUUGUUCGUAAAAUGGGUUAUGGAGAUGGUUUCAAGUGGCUUUCUCAGUACAUUAAGUAGGUAGCUACAUGAAAUUUAGAUAUGUUUUCUUUCUAUAUGUUAUUUUUAUACUGAAUUUAAUUGGAUGGAACACUUUCAGAAAUCAUUGUUACCCACCUUUCCCCUCUUCUCCUAACCGUUUCUCUUUUUCUUCCAUUUUUGUUUGAAUUGGUAAUGAUGCUCCCUUCUACGAGACAGUGAGACAUACAAGUAAUUGAUGAUUUAUUAUGAAUGAUGAUUUGGGCCCAAUGUCAAUUUAGAGGAUGAUACAUUUGAUUUAGUCAUCUCCUCAUUGCCCAUUGAUGCUGAUAUCAUACUAAUAUACUAUAUAUUAUCUCCGGUUUAUAUAUAGGACGGAAGUAUCUUGCCUAGGCAGGAUUGUAUAUUGAAACUUGCUAAGUUUUUAUUCUUCUAAAGCUGGAUGGUUGUAUUCUAGAAGGCAACGUCUUUAGUAAAACCUGGAUUUAUUGUUGCUGCAAAUGUCAACUUUGCAAAUAUUGAACAAACCUUAUUACACAUCCAAGCUAGUGAAGAUUACUUCAACCUGAUGUUUUCCAACAGAUAUCUUAGAUCAUUUGUUAUCUUAUGCUCCCGAAGUCACAUUACUACCAUUAAAAUUCAUCUUAUUAUUUUCCUCUAUAAAUGGGGAUGUAGCUCAGAUGGUAGAGCGCUCGCUUAGCAUGCGAGAGGUACGGGGAUCGAUACCCCGCAUCUCCAUUUUCUGCUAUCCAAUGACUGGUUCCUUUUCUCACAAGACUUUCUCAACCUGUUCAAGUUUAUAACGCUCACUCAACAUAUAAGAGAUGCCAUAUUUUUGGAUUGAAUAUUUGAAGCUGUGUACUUGACACAAAUGACCAACUUCAAUUCCCAGCUUUCAAUCUCAACUGCCGAAGGCCAAAUGUUGCAAACGAAAGUACAGAGUUAGGUGACUUGUUUCACCUACUUACUGUUCUUGUUAAUCCAUUUUUGUCUUAGCUUUUUCUCCUAAACACCCUUGGCAAGUUACCAACCAACUUGUUAUUCAAAUCCAGGUGGUCUAAUCUUUGGUUUUCUUUUUGCCGUUUAAUUGUCAAUCCCUAUAGUAUCAAAUAAAACCAUCCUCUUAAUUUACCU